AUGGUCACGGCCAAUAUACACAUCCUGUACAGCGUCCGGAUUCACAACAACUACAUUUGGUCUGGCACUUCCUCCAAGCACAUCUUGGAUGAAGCUGCCGCGAUGGCCAUGCACGACUGCAAGUAUGAUGCGGUGAAGGUGCUGGCAGACCUCAUCCAGUUUGGCUGGCUCAAACAUGGCCCCGCUCUCACUGCCCAGCUCCUGCUCAUCACAGCACAUGACCGCGCUGUGCGCAAGCAAUUCAAGGGCAGCAAUCACUGGCUGACGUGGAACAAGAUUUACAGCAUUGCUGUGCCCCUACUCGACUUUCUCGAUGCACUCUUUGCAAAUUGA